AUGAAGCUCCAUAUUGUUUUAUCAGUCUUAGCCGCUGCAGUAUACGCCGACUCCUACUCCCCUCUAUCGUAUAUGGACCGCCUAUGUGGUACCGAUCUCUCCAAUCUUUGGUUAGACGUCGUGUUGGUUGUGGAUAACUCGGAAGAAAUGGGCAGCCAGCGAUUGGGUGAUAUCACAACCAACAUUCUAUCAGUUUUUGGGGCUAAUACUCGGAUUGGUUCGACCUCAUCGGAGCCACGAACCACACGAGUCGGAUUUGUCACCUUUAACGCUGCUGGCUCACUAUACGCGGAUCUCAACCAAUUCCAGUCAUUCUCUGAUCUUAGAAAUGGUGUAACAUCUUUGCUGAAAGUUCCAGCCAAUACAAAAGACUCAUAUCUCGCAACUGGUCUUUCUAUGGCUGCCCAACUUCUGACAAUGCAAGGAUUCGACGGUAAACGUGACCAUUAUCAAAAAGUUGUUAUCGUCUAUGCAUCAAAAUAUGGCGGGACCGGAGAUUUGGAUCCCCAACCGACAGCGGAUCGGUUGAAAGGAUCUGGAGUUAAAAUUAUCACUGUUGCCUAUGGAGAUGAAGCACUUCUGGAAUCGUUAAGCACUCCUCGGUUUGGCUUCAACUCAGCCAGCGGUUAUCCACAAAUUCAAGGAGCACUGUUAGAGUCAAACUGCUAUUGCCCUCUCGAUUGGAUUCAGUACCGCUCAGACUACACCGAUCGAGCUUCCUUCCCAUAUGGUGUGUGUAUCCGACCCGUCCCUAUUCCAGCUAGCUGGCUGGGUGCAAAAAUGAGUUGCAGUCAUCGUUGGAACAACUCAAAUCUAGCCACUGAAUUCAACCAAGCCAAACACAACUUUAUUCUGGAAGCUGUAAAAGACACCCGAGGAGUCUCACCGCCGUAUCAGUACCAUAUUGGAUUAAAUUAUGCCUCUGGAUCCUGGGUAUGGACUCAAUCAACGGGACGCCAACAAGUUCCACUUCAACAACCCUUCAUGUGGAGUUCCGGUUAUCCUCAGUUGGCGUCAGAUAAAUCUAGGGUGAUGAGCGUGCAGAGUGGGCUAGGAACUGGAUGGCAGAACAUCGCUACAACGACUCUCAGUGCCAAUUAUGUCUGUGAAGCCUAUUCGUGUGAUACUGAUAAUUAUUGUGAUGGUGAUCAAAGAUACUAA